AUGGCUUCACAACGCCAAUGGACCGUCGUCCUGGUUCUGAGGCUCAGCACUCUGUUCAUUCUGGUAGCCUCUGUUCUUGUUCUGGUCUUCAACACCGUUAAAGUCCCCUUCGAUGUCAGGAACUUAUCCCUCAACGAGUUCAAUCCCACCAAGCUCACUUUCAAAGACCUCAUCGCUUUCAAGUACUUGCUUGCUGUUGCCAUUAUCGGAGCGGUCUACACGAUUGUUCAGCUGCCUUUGGCAAUCUACCACGUAGCCACCGGAAAGAGGCUGUCCCGUAAAGAAUGCAUGCCAGAGUUCGAUUUCUAUGGCGACAAGCUGGUGAGCUACCUGCUGGCGACGGCGGUGGGAGCUGGGUUCCUGGUGUGCGCGGAUCUGAAGGUGAACCUGGAUAAGAUGCUUAAGACGCUUGAAGAUGCAAACACAGCUGGGCUGGGUGAUUCCAGGGAGAACUACGACAAGUUCUUCAAUAUGGGGUUCUUAGCCACCACGCUGCUUUUCUUGGCUUUUGUUUGCAUGGCUGUCGUCUCCGUGCUCUCUUCGAUUAACCGCAACCACGAUAGAACUAGGUCCAUCUUUGGCUGA